AUGGCAGGUGUGGUGUACCCCAGACAGGCUCCUGUGGAUUUAGACAUAUACCAAAGCUCCUACAUGGUCGACUAUAAACCCUAUGGGGAGCACAAAUACUCUGAAAUCACACCAAAAGAGCAGGUGAAGCUCGACGCUCAGCUUGAGCCAAAGUUUUACAGGCCCAUCCCCAGACCCAACCCCACGCUCGCAGACGGAUAUCCUGUCUUCAGAAGACCCUGCAUGACCGCCGGAGACCUGGGGCGGCCUGGCUUCUUCCCACCCCAGUACCACGAGGCCUCAGUGGAGGACAGCGGCCAGUUCACCAGCACCUGCCCGUCCGCGUACCCAGCUUCCCGCACCCUCUCCCUGGCCCAGGGGGACCCCAACUGCGUUUACCAGAGUGCUGACUCCCCGUGCCUCCUGGAGCCUGAGCGCCAGCCUGCGACAGAGGAGGGCAAGGGCUACUUUCUGCUGCCCGGCUGCUCCUGCCCUCGUCACCUUAGGGUCAAGGUCCCCAUCUUGAACCGGUGGGGACCCUUGAUGCCGUAUUACCAGUAG